AUGUUUAAUCCGAUUAACGAUGGCAUUAAUAAACUUACUGAACUUUAUGGAAUCGAUAGUUUCACAUUAAGAUAUGCUAUUUGUCUACUUGGAUCUUUCCCAUUAAAUGCCAUCUUGAAAAGAUUACCAGAUAAAAGAAUUGAUUUGAAAUGCUAUUUCAUCCUAUUUAUAUCUGCAAUUUAUCUUUUUGGUGUCAUGAAUCUAGCCACUGGUUUCAGAACACUUUUCAUUAGUUCUAUAUUCACUUAUUUAAUAACGAGAUUCUACAAAUCUAAAUUUAUGCCAUACUUAAAUUUCAUCUUUGUUAUGGGUCAUUUAGCACUAAACCAUAUCUAUGCCCAAUAUUUUACUGACUCUUCUGCCAUUGAGGCAGCAAGUUCAAUAGAUAUCACAGCUGCACAAAUGGUUAUGGUUAUGAAAUUAACUUCUUUUGCAUGGUCCUACUAUGAUGGCUCUCUUUUAAGCAAAAAUGAAUUUGAAAAUAAUUUGACUGAAUAUCAAAAACAAAAAGCUUUACAAAGACACCCAUCCUUAUUAAAUUUUAUGGCAUAUGUGUUUUUUUACCCAACUCUAUUAACAGGUCCUAGUUUUGAUUAUUGCGAUUUCCAAUCAUGGUUAAAUUGUGAAAUGUUUAAGGAUCUACCUCAUUCAAAGAAACCUGUAAGUAAGAUUAUCAACCCUGGCCAACAAAGGCAGAUUCCAAAGAAUGGGAGAUUAGCUUCAUGGAAAGUUAUUCAAGGUUUAAUUUGGUUAGCAUUAAGAAGUUAUUUACCACAAUUUUGUAAUAUUGAGUAUAUGUUAAACAAGGAACAAUUCAUGUCAAGAAGCUUUAUAUAUAGAAUUCAUUACAUGUAUUUCCUUGGAUUAAUAGCCAGAUUUAAAUACUAUGCAGCAUGGACUAUAUCUGAAGGUGCAUGUAUUCUAUGUGGAUUAGGUUAUAAUGGGUAUGAUCCGGCGACCAAAAAAAUUAAAUGGAAUCGUGUUCAAAAUAUAGAUAUUUGGAAUGUAGAAAUGGCACAAAGUACAAGACAAGCCCUAGAAAGUUGGAAUAUGAAUACAAAUAAAUGGUUAAAAUAUUAUGUGUAUUUACGUGUCACCAAAAAGGGUCACAAGCCUGGUUUUAGAGCUACAUUGUUUACAUUCAUUACAAGUGCAUUCUGGCAUGGGAUCAAUCCUGGUUAUUAUUUGACUUUUGCUACCGGUGCAUUAUACCAAACAUGUGGCAAAUUUUAUAGACGCAAUCUAAGACCUAUUUUCCUUGCAGAAGAUGGAAAAACUCCAUUAUCCUAUAAGUGGAUAUACGAUCUUCUAUGUAUAUAUGUCAUUAAAUUAGCUUUUGGCUAUUUAGUUCAACCAUUUUUAGUAUUGGACUUCAAAGGUUCAAUGCAAGCAUGGUCGUCAGUUUAUUUCUAUGGACAUAUAAUUAUAGCCUUGUCAUUUUUCUUAUUCAAGGGACCAUAUUCUAAACAAGUAAUUCAAUGGUGUAAACUAAAACAACCUAAGGAGAUUGCAUUGAUAAAACAGAAAGAACUAGAGAAAGAUAUUACUACCAAAGCUUCUGUCUUGGGUGACAUUUUGAAAGAAAAGUUGAAAUAUGAAAAGGAAGAAGAAGAAAGGCAAAGAAAACAACUAAAACCCGAGAAUGAUGAAAUGAAUCUUGGUAUUCCAACUAUUAAUUUUGAUGAAAUUGAAAAUGCAAAGAAGGAAUGGGACGAGUUCACAAAGUCGUAUAACGAAUGGAGGCAAGAACGCGGUCUUGAGAUUGAAGAAGAAAAUUUAAUGAAAGCUUUCGAAGAUUUUAAAAGAGAGAUUCAAACUGAUAAUUUAAAGAGAAGAACAAGUUUUAGUGAAUACUUGCCUUCCAAAGAAUAA